AAAUAUGGGAGCUGAGUGUAAAGAUAACCGAACACCGAUUAGCUUGCAGCAACGCUGGAAAAAGAUAAAUCAAGUUGUUACCAAGUUCAAUUCAUUCUACGAGAAGUUGGAUAGACUUCCAAAAAGUGGCACUAACUUGGAUGAUAUGAAACGAGAAGCGACUCGUAUGUAUAAAGAGUGCACCGGCAAAAAGGAAUUUCAGUUUGAACAUUGUUGGGAGACAUUGAGAACAAAUCCGAAGUGUGAAGAAGUUGAUCCCACAGAUAAGGGCACAUCAUCAGUACAUAUUAUCCCAGAUGAUAGUCACAAUGUGGACUGUAUUAGUGAGAUUCAGAAGAGUAAUGGCAUUGUGCGUCCUCAAGGAAGAAAAGCAUCUAAGGAGAUUAAAAGGAAAACCAAUGAGGAUGCAGGUGUGAUAGAUGCUAUAAAAGGUUUGCGGUCUACUUUUGAGAAAGAAAUUGAGUUUAAAAAGGAGAAUAGCAAAAUAGAAUUUGACUUUAAGCAGCAAAUAGCAAAUCAAGAGAUGGAAGUUAAGGUUGCUGCUGAAAAAAGAAAAUUAAAAGACCAAGAAUUCCGCGAAGAAGCUCAAAAGAAAGAAGACCAGAGAAACGAAAAAGAAUUGCACCAAAAAGAGCAGCUUGAGAAGAAAGCUCAAAAGAGAGAAGAACAAUUUCGUAUUAUGAGCAUAGAUGUUUCCAAACUUCCAGAAACUGUACGAAAAAGGAUGGAAGAAUGUCAAAUGCGGAUACUAAAUAAAUGGGAAACCGAGGGUCUUUUUGGAGAAAAUGUUGAAAACAAACAAUUGGAAGAAUCUUUGGCCGGAGAAUCGCGCAGUACUAGAGAGGUAGAUUCAGACAAAGAUUGA